AUGUUAAGUAGCAACGGCAGUAUUUAUUCAGUCUCUUAGUAUUUAUGAAAAUAGUCCUCACACUAAAAGAAACAGAAAGUUAAAAAAAAUUCCAGUGGUUAAAGUCAAAAGGAGUAAAGCACAUUAAUGUAUUUUAUAUGUGAGGAUAUUAUACCUAUAAAGCUGGCCAGUAUGAAAAGAAUGAGAAACAUUUUAAUCCCGACCAGUGCUUUGGAAGACCGUUUCAAGGCAGCGUGUUGCGAUUGUGUAAGUGUGUGGGACUAGCUUGACACCUCCUGUGCCUACAUUUUGUGAGAUAGUUGGGUCAGCUGAGGUUGUUUUCCUCCUCCCGACGUCAUGCAAGCUCUUCUACCCCACCACUGGGGUUGUGGCACGAAGCACACGCUGGCCCAGAAGGCUGACCGGGCAGUGCGUUCUCAGAGGCGUCAGGUGAUCGCUGGUGGAAGGCAGCUGCUAGAGGUUCAAGGCAGUGAGUGAGUGUCCCUUCUCUUCUGCUUCAGGACAGCUGGUUAUUUCUCUCACUCCUAAACGAAGUCUUCCUUGCUUAUUGCUUACUGGUAGAGACGAGAGAUUAUGCCAGCGGCUUUUGAUUGACCUAAUGGGCAUUACAUUGAUUUGGUGUCUGGCCUUGGUUCUUAUCAAGUGGAUCACCUCCAAGAGACGUGGAGCUAUUUCCUAUGACAGUUCUGAUCAGACUGCGUUGUACAUUCGUAUGCUAGGAGAUGUACGGGUGAGAAGUCGAGCAGGAUUUGAAUCAGAAAGGAGGGGGUCGCAUCCAUACAUUGAUUUUCGUAUUUUUCAUUCUCAAUCUGAAUUUGAAGUGUCUGUCUCUGCAAGGAAUAUCAGAAGAUUACUGAGUUUCCAGCGCUAUCUCAGAUCCUCACGCUUCUUCCGGGGCACCACUGUUUCCAAUUCUCUAAACAUUUUAGAUGAUGAUUAUAAUGGACAAGCCAAGUGUAUGCUGGAAAAAGUUGGAAAUUGGAAUUUUGAUAUCUUUCUGUUUGAUAGACUAACAAAUGGAAAUAGUCUAGUAAACUUAACCUUUCAUUUAUUUAGUCUUCAUGGAUUAAUUGAGUACUUCCAUUUAGACAUGAUGAAACUUCGUCGAUUUUUAGUUAUGAUUCAAGAAGAUUAUCACAGUCAAAAUCCUUACCACAAUGCAGUCCACGCUGCAGAUGUCACUCAGGCAAUGCACUGUUACUUAAGGGAACCGAAGCUUGCCAAUUCUGUAACUCCUUGGGAUGUCUUGCUGAGCUUAAUCGCAGCUGCCACUCAUGAUCUGGAUCAUCCAGGGGUCAAUCAACCUUUCCUUAUUAAAACUAACCAUUACCUGGCAACUUUAUACAAGAAUACCUCAGUAUUGGAAAAUCACCACUGGAGAUCUGCAGUGGGCUUGUUGAGAGAAUCUGGUUUAUUCUCACAUCUGCCAUUAGAAAGCAGGCAACAAAUGGAGACUCAGAUCGGUGCUUUGAUCCUCGCUACAGAUAUCAGUCGGCAGAACGAGUACCUGUCCUUGUUCAGGUCCCAUCUGGAUAGAGGCGACCUACACCUAGAAGAUGGCAGACACAGACAUUUGGUUUUACAGAUGGCUCUGAAAUGUGCUGAUAUCUGUAACCCGUGUCGGACCUGGGAACUGAGCAAGCAGUGGAGUGAGAAAGUAACAGAGGAAUUCUUCCACCAAGGUGAUGUAGAAAAAAAGUAUCAUUUGGGUGUGAGUCCACUUUGUGAUCGUCAGACUGAAUCUAUUGCCAACAUUCAGAUUGGCUUCAUGACGUACCUGGUGGAGCCCCUGUUCACCGAGUGGGCCCGGUUCUCGGACACGCGGCUGUCGCAGACCAUGCUGGGCCACGUGGGGCUCAACAAGGCCAGCUGGAGGGGGCUGCAGCGGGGGCAGCCCGGCGAGCGCGCGGACCCCGCCCUCGAGCCGCGCCCCCAGCUCCUACCUCAGGAACACCGCGCGUCCUAGCCCCCCACGACGGAGGGGGGCGCUGGAAAUGUGAACC